GGGUGUUUCCAGUCGGAUAAUUUUUUUCCACUGGACCGCGGGAGAAACUCCCAAAUAGUCCUCCUCUGUUUGUUUACCAUUGUGUUUUUACUUUAAAGUGGACGAGGUUCAAAAUAUUGGUGUUUAAAGUAAUAAAGUAUUUGCCAGUGAACCUCUACGUUAAAUCACUCUACGUUAAAUUAAUCCGGUUAUAUUUACUCACUUCGUCGGGCUGUAGAAGGAUCAGUCCCAGGUCUCCUGCUCAGAUGCCGUGCUCGCUGGUCAGUCCCUCCGGAGCUCGGGUCCUCCUGGAGGAUGGUCGAGCCGUGAUUUUAGGCCGGGGUCCAGACACCGGGGUUACGGAUAAGAAAUGCUCCCGUCAUCAGGGUGAGGAGAAGUGCGAGAUUGGCCUUCAGGAGAGAAACGGUCGACCAAUAUAUCAGUGAUGCCGAUAGUUAACCAGCGAGACAACUGAGGGUCGAUAUGGGGCCGAUUCUUUUUAUUUAUUUAUUUUUUUUAAAUCACAAUUUCCAGAAAAAGAUAAAACAAUUAGGAACAAAUUUGCUGAACUUGAUUGGCUUUUAUGGAAUAAAGACAGAAAAUAUUCAGAUCGUAAACUGUCACGAUAAGGAACCUAGAUAGAAUGGAAAGAUUUUUAUCAACAUUCACGUUGGUACGAGACAGUACAGGUACAUACAAUUUUUGUGUGAUACCUCUAGAGUCAGCUCUUUACAAACAAAAACAAUAAAAGUUUUAGAAAUAUAUUUUUAAAUAUAAAGAUAAAAGAUCAGAAUGGUUAAAACUAUUUACAGAGUGAAGAAAGUACUUGAAUAUACACUGUAAAAUAAAAAUUAGGGGAGACUGGCAAUAUUGCACAUAGGCGAUUUGUCCUUGCACUGUGUUAUUAGUGGACGCUAAUUUUGGACCUUGAUAUUAAUGUGGUGCUGAAGUGACAAAAUAUUAGAGACAAUGUUACUAGAUGCUCCAGACAGCUGGCUGUUCACUGUUAACCAAAACUACAACUAUAUCACGCUUUAUUCUCAUACAUGAUGAAUAUGACUUUACGAGUGCUAUCUUUAACAACAUAUUACAAGACACCUUGCACUUACGAAAAAAUUAGAAUUUUAACUAACUGUUUAUUGUCACUUCUCAAUCAUGUUUUAUUUUGUUUUUCUCAUUUUUCAUGACGUGCUGCUGACCUUAUAGCCAGGUCACCCUUGUGAAAGAGAGGUUGAUCUCAAUGGGUUUUUGUCUGGUUAAAUAAAUAAAUAGAAUUUAAUCUCAUAACACUAGGACUUGUUUUUCAUUGUUAAGAGCACAAAAUUACUCUUAUAUGAGAAUUGAUCUGCUACUAGUGAUGAGCAGCUUUUAUUAUAAAACCAACAUUGGCCAGCCUGCCAUCUCAUUAUCAGUAUCAUUAUGUAUUUUUGGUUGAAACAUUUGAAGUAAAACAAUCAGAAUCUCAACAUUUUUCACAGCAUGUCAGCAGUUUUUUAAUCAGGGUCUUGGUGUGUCAGGAGUUUCAGCUCAUGAUAUUUGUUUAGAAAAGUGUGUAUGAGACUGUAUAAUAAUAACAGACUUUGUGUCUCUUUCAGUGAAGGUGGUGGCUUGCUAUGCAGACCAGGAUGUGGUUGUAACUCAGGUAUGAAGUCAAACAAUAUAGCCUGACUUACAGUGUCACAGGUUAGAUUUAAACUUGUCUUCUUCCCUGUGAAGCUCUCAGAUCAAACAGACGCCUCUGCCAGACGACACCCAACAAGCACACAGAGUUGAUAUUUAAUGUUGCAUAAGAAGUUCAGUUGGUUGACAGCGACCCAUUGUCCUACUGCCUGGAAACACCCUGGUUAUCUCCAGCCUGUAAUCUAACUAUAUAAAAGAAACUGCAGUCCAAUGUCCAUGCAUGUUCUUUUUAAUUCCACAGCUGGGCCCUAAUCCAAGCUCGCUAGACGGAGAGCAGCUGAACCGUGGUCAGUCUGGAAAACUCACACACAGAGGCACACUGUACCUGGUUAACCAAAGCCAUCCAUUUAAAUUGCACUAUUCUCUGAGCUCAAACGGAGCAGCUUCCACUGCUGUUCAGGAAGGACUGAAGGCCACAGAUAAGACCAAAGGAGGGAGAAACGAGAGGGACAAAGAGGCGCACUCCAGUCCAAACCCUAAACGCAGUAUCAAGGAUUUCUUUUCUGCCUCUCCCAUGAAGGUAACACACUUUAAACUCUUUGGUCCCUGCAUUGAUUCCUAUUGUUUCAUCCAUUUAACUGUAGCUCAGAGACGCUAUGAUGUUUUGUUCUUGUAUUUAGUCCUCCAAAAGACGCCUGGACCCAGAUGGGGGACACCAGGGCGGAAAACGCCAAAGACGAGAUGAGGAGGCCGCCAAUAAAGGAAUUAAGGAAGACGAGGAGGAGGAGGAGGAGAGACUAGCAGAGGAAAAACUGAAGCAGCUGCAGGAGCUAGCAGAGAAAUCAGUGAAGGAGGGGAGCAGCAAACCAUCAUCAUCAUCAUCUUCAUCUUCAAAGGGUUGUCUGAAAAGCAACUGGCAGCAGAUUGACAACCUGUUGCUCUACACUGCAGCUGGAGUCAAAGGGAGUGAUAAGGUGAGCUGAGGAUCAGCUUUGCCUGAUUAUUUAAGACGCUCUCUGUGAGAGAAUCAGAGUCAAUACAGCUGACAGUGUUAAAAACCACCUCAGCUUAGAGAUCAUCCUGAAAACAGCCUCUUUACAGUUAGUUUUGUUGAUGAUGACACUUUUUGUCAGUAAGUCCUCAUCUGGUCAACAGAUUUAAAUAAAUUUUCAUAACAAAAACAUAAAUGAUAAUUGUUACAGUCAUGCAGGCCAUUAUAAAGUAAUCUGUGAGUCAACACAAUCUCAGGCCAACAAGUUUACAAAACAAUCACUACAUGUUUUUUUUUUCACUGAGAAAAAUGUUUCCUAUAAUUUCUUAAAAGCACCUUUAACACUGUCCUCAGUCUGACAGUAGGGACAGAAACAGGACUAACUGCCUCAUAAUCAGUAAUGAGAACUCAAUCCUAAGAAAGUUUCUUUGUCCAAACAUGUCCUCCUUUUCUCUAGAUUGCUGGAUUCGACAUUGACGGCUGCAUCAUCACCACCAAGUCUGGAAAAGUAUUCCCCACUACGCCGGAUGACUGGAGGUAAAUCUUGAAUCCUGAACUCUCCUUUUCAUGUUUUGUGUUGCUGUUGCCCUGCUCUGAGGGACUUUUCAUCUGCUUGUAUUUGUCCAUUAAACAGGAUCCUCUUUCCUGAGAUUCAGCCCAAGCUCGCCAGUUUACUGAAGAAUGGAUACAAGGUGAGAAGAAGCCUCAAAUUAUAGCUGAUUCAACCAUACUAUGAAGUUUUGAAGGUUAAAAGCCUGUGAAAUCUCCUCCAGCUAUAAACCAGCUCUGCUCUCACUGUAGGUGGUGUUCUUCACCAACCAGAUGGGGAUCGCGAAAGGCAAACUAAGACCUGAGGUCUUCAAGUCUAAGGUGGAGGACAUCCUCACCACACUGAAGCUACCUGUGCAGGUCAGUGAUGACUCAGCUUCGUUGUCUGUAUUUAAGAGAAGGAAACAGCCAUGUAUGACGUCAUCUGUGCCUUUGGAUAAUGAUUUUUGUUUUGAGACCAUCAGUCUCACAGACUGUCUCCAUCUUUGCCAUCCUCGUACGUGAGAAUGGAUGCACAUUAUCACUUCUCUGUAGGGGUUGACGAGCCUAUAAAGGAGCCCCGUCCUAAAGCAUAUCCCACUUUAGUUUUUGUUUUUAUUUUUAUUCAACCUUUAUUUAACCAGGCUAGUCCCAUUGAGAUCAAAGAUCUCUUUUCAAGGGGGGCCUGGCCAAGAAUGGCAGCAACGCAUUUUCAAAAACAAAAAACAAACACACUCAGACUCACGCAGCUCAACAUCAGCAACAAGUGCAGUAAAUACAAAAUGUCAGCUAAAGCAGUGGCAUACAGACAGUUUGCUUUCAAGAGUUUUUACCAAAGAUUUAAAAACACUCAGAGACACUAGGUUCUGUAAUCUAAAUUCAGUCUGCAGGUUAUUCCAUGCAAAAAGAGCAGGAAACCUAAAGGCCUUCUUUCCCAGCUCAGUUCAGUUCUCAGUGGGAACAGCAAACUGCACAAAAUCAGGUGACCGCAAGUUAUGUAAUCCUGCCUUUACGACAACAAGGAGGAAAGGUAGUCCAGAGCACUGCCUAAAAUGGCUUCGUAGAUAAAGACAUACCAAUGUCUGAGGCAACUUGUGCUUAGAGGAGUCCAGUUGACCUUCAAGUGUAAGUCACAGUGGUGAGUAAGAAAUCAACAGUUUGAGAUAAAUCUCAGAGCUCCAUGAUAAACAGUGUUCAACAUCUGUAGACUCUGAGCAGAAGCAUUCAUGUACAGUACGUCACCAUAACCCAGAACAGGUAAAAAUGUUGACUCAACAAGUCUCUUUUUAACCAUAAAAGAGAAAUAAGACUUGUUUCUGUUGUAAAAACCAAGUAAAACCUUAAGCUUUUGGUAACAUAAUAAUUAUGCUCUUUAAAAGGCAAGUUUUCAUAACCCCAGGUAUUUAAAGGUGGAAACCAGUUCAAUUUCCUGACUAUCCUUAGUAACAAAUCAAACAAAUUUCACUCUCAAUGAAACCAUAAUUUACUCAAACAACAUUAUACAUAACAUAAAACUGUCAAUAAAAGUAAUAAAGGACAUGGUUAACUUAAUUUAUAAAGCUCUUCUCAAACCCAGAGUUCUAAAGUUCUUUCCAAAAGCUGUGAAACAAAACAGGCAGUGCAGAAAGUCAGAGGCAAAUUAAGGAAAUCACAAACAGUUUAAAAACAUAUAAUACUUCUAACAGGAAUGAAGGAGCAGAGUGAAAUGAUGAUUAAAACAGAGUCUGAUGGUUAGCACAUAUUAUGAACAUAUUUAUCUCAAAUUGCUCUGCAGCUCUCUGUAGUUUUUCUGUCUCUUCUAAAGCGUAAUCAAUGGUGUGACGUCUCAUUGUAAUUAUUAAUCUUGAAAUGUCAAUUUUUAAUCAUUUUGUGCUACUUGUUGAUGUAUCACUUUGUUGCCACUGGAGUCUUUCAACAAACUUUUAGUCCAGGGACUAAAAGAUGAGAUAAAAGCAACUGAAGAUCAUAAAUCAGAAGAGAAGUUUGCUUAUUUUUUGAUCUGCACUUUGACACUGGUCUCCUAUGAACAGCCUCUGGAAUAAGUUUUCAUACACUUUUAAAAGAGCGUAGACUGCUGUCAUCUCUCAUCACUCUUAAGAUAGAGGUGAUAGUUAUAUAUCAUCCUUCUCGUUCAUGUCUCAGGUGUUUGUAGCAACCGGUCCAGGUAUCUACAGGAAACCUGUGAUGGGAAUGUGGAAUCACCUGUGUGAGAAGGUAAGUGCCCACACCCACGUUAUUUACGAACCACGCCUCAGAUGGGGUAAUUGCAUCCUGAAUUACUGAGUGUAUAUGAUGAUGAGUCAUAAAAACCUCCUUUUGUUUUUCCUCCAUGUAUGCCGACUGCUGUUUGCGGCACCAUGUGACAGUGAUACAUUCUGAGUUUAAACACCACUGUCUUUGUGUGUCUCUGUCCUUCUCAGGCAAACGAUGGAGUGACUGUUGAUAAAGCUCAGAGUCUCUUUGUAGGAGGUGAGCAAAGUUUAAGUAGAAGCAGUGAGAUCCUACAGCUGCAGGUCGCUGUGGGAUUUUUCUGGUAUCACAGAGAAGUGGCAAACUUCAACCCAACAUUUUACUCCCAAUAUUUUAAAAUACACGUGAUAGUCUUAGAUUGUAAAAUCAAACAGGAAGUAUGGAUCUUUUUCUUCAGUAUUCUGAUUUGUUGAGAUGCAGCAGUAAAUGGCUUUAGUUAAGGACACCAUGUAGUUUUGUGCAUAGUCAUCACUUUGUGUAUCAUGUCUUGUCAUGUGUUGUUGAUUUUAUGAGUCAGAGAUGGCUGACUCACUCAGAGUUAACUGUCUUUAGGUACAAAUGACAUAACCUAACCUCACCUGAGUCUGUGCAAUCAUAAUGAGGAUAUCUUGAUUAUUUCAUUUUUACUGAUGGCUCACCUGACCUUGUCUUAGCACUGAAGCCACUUUAUCAUGUCUUGUUGUACACUGUUUUGGCUGACUACCUGACUACCUUUUGGUACAAGUAAGGGGACUUUAGAUCCUGAGGCUUAGAAAUAUUUCAAAUGAACCCCUGUAAGGUGCGUCAGAAAAAAGAAAGGAGUCCUUGUGCUGAUCUUGCUGUCUGAUAAAAGAAGCUUUAUGUCCUCAGUCGAGGAAAACCUCAGCAGCUGAAGUCUCUCACAGUUGUUCCAUCUCUGUACACAGAUGCCGCAGGUAGACCAGAGAACUGGGCUCCAGGGAAGAAGAAGAAGGAUUUUUCCUGCAGUGACCGACUGGUGAGACCUCAGACAUUAUUUCUUAAAAAUAGAAAACUACUCUGGCGUUUGUUGAACGGGUUUUUGGGAAUCAUCAAAUGUUUGUGCAGUUGACCCUCAGAGCUUUAGUUGUUUUUGAAUGAGGCUUUAAUGAGGAGAAGGUGCACAGACUGAUAAGACUACAGCAAGUGCUGUGUGCCAUUAACUUGUUUCCUUCCUGCCUGUGUAGUUCGCCCUGAACAUUGGACUGCAGUUCUACACCCCAGAGGAGUAUUUCCUGGGCUGGAAAAGCGCCCCCUACAGGCUGCCCAGUUUUGACCCUGUGAGUGCAUCGAACAAAUAAACAAACUGAGCUGUUUUUUUUUAAUCUGGCCGCAGCUUUUAUUUAUCUGCAUCUAUGUAAGUAUGUUGUUUUAAUCUCUUCCUUCAGAGAAAGGUGGACUCCUCUGCGCGGCUGUAUGACCCACCGUCUGCCUCUCUCACCUCCAGCAAAACAGAGGUCAUUGUUGCUGUGGGCUUCCCAGCAUGUAAGAGAAAGUUAUUCACCACUUUUCUGAUUUUCUCUCCCUCAAACACUGUCUCAGUCUUUUGCUUGAUUUUCCUAUUUUUUCCACAGCGGGUAAAUCCACCUUCUUCCACACCCAUAUUAUCCCAAAAGGUUACGUGUACGUCAACAGGGUGAGGUCAUUUUUCUCUUGUUCAGCUCAAGUUUAAAAGACUGAAAGAAAUUGAGGAAUUUGACUCACAGUUUUAACACAGUUUUAAUUGUGCAGGUUAUAUCUUAUUAAUGAGGACGAUAGAUGCAAACUAAAUAACAAUAACUGUUAUUUUUAUGUUGCUAAUUGAACUGUAAAGCUCCUUAUAUCAACCUGUCCUGCUUUGUUUCAUAUCAGGACACUCUGGGUUCCUGGCAGCACUGUGUGUCGGCCUGUGAGCGUGCUCUGAAAGAGGGCAAGAGUGUUGCCGUGGACAACACCAAUCCAGAUCCAGAGUCUCGCAAACGGUAAAUCCCAAGUGUAUCAGGUCUUACUGUGUAGCUGCACAGCUGUGGUUUGUCCUUUUUUCUGUCUGCUUAUAAUGUGUACAAAACACACUCAGGACUCGCCCUAUCCAAGUUAACCAUCAUGCACCAUCAAAAGGCAUCUAUGGACAGGUAUUUGCAUGAGGGAGGAGUACAUUUCCCCUGAUAUCUGACUGUGCUUGCAGCAAGGAAAAAGUCAUCAUUGGUUAAACUCUGACUGUAAACACUGUCCUGAAUGUCAAUGCUUCCAGAAACUGUGGCACUAUGACUCAGAGUUACUUUCAGAGUUACAAGGAGGAAUUAAGUUCAGUGUAACUCAGAAACAUUGAAUUAAAGCCACAAAAGCCGUUAUUCACAGUGCAGUUAUGGUGGAAAAAUAUGUGCCCUUAUUUUUUCACUGAUUUGUCCGUGUGCAUUCCCAGAUAUCUGGAUGUAGCGAAAGCUGCAGGAGUGCCGUGUCGCUGUUUUAACUUCUCGGCCUCUCUGGAAGAAGCCAAACACAACAACAGAGUGAGACUUUUCUCUUUAAUGCCUCAGUGUUUAGUUUUACCCCGGCUGGGAUGACAGGUGUGUUUUUAAUGAUUCAAUUUCCUUUCCAGUUUCGUGAGAUGGCUCCAUCAGACACCAAACACGCCAAAGUCAGCGACAUGGUUUUCCACAGUUACAAGUAAGAAAGUGGAAAGUUUCCUCCACGCUCUGACCAGUUUUGGAACAAACUGUUUCAUUUUCUUAAUGUGCAGAAGAGAAAGGGGUCAUUUCUCUUUUGUGUAGUUUAGUUGCUUUACGUUCACAGCCAAGUCACGUAGACCUUAAAAACAAACUCUGGUGUGUUUCAGUAUCAAACUUUCAUCAGGGAGUUAAUCUGAUGUUGGGGGAAUAUGAUGUCCUGACUUUCAUGAUGAUUGUUUGAUUUCAGUCGCCUAUGAUGGGCUACUCAGUCUGUGUGUGGUGUAUGUCUGUUUCCUGGUUCAUGUGAGGACCUUGGAUUUGAAUAACCUUAAGUUGUGCACCAUACCAUAGGUGCCGUACUGAAAUGGUUUGAUAAGAUUUCGAGCACUUUUUCUCCCUUGAUUGACGAGUACCUCCCUUAAAAUGCGAACUAUUCCUUUGAAGGCUAAUUUUGCUUGUUAAAAACAAAUCAGUGAGCUUUUUUCAUACCAACCACUCCCUUUCAUCUCCCUCUCUCUAACCAGGAAACACUUUGUGGCUCCUUCUCUGUCGGAGGGAUUUUCAGAGAUUCUUCAGAUCCACUUUGUCCCGAACUUCAAAGACAGCCAAUCAGAAACUUUGUUCCGCCAGUUUUCUGAGGGCUGAUUGGACAACUGACUUUUGAUUUUCAUUUUUUUCCAUAUUUUUUCAGAUAUACAGAUUACAGCCAGGGGGGCAUAUGACAUCACAAAAAAACCCACUCUGACAUAAUCAUAGACAUAAGGUUUGGUUUUGCCCUGAUCGUCACAAAUUACAUAAUCAGACUAACAGAUGACUUACUUGUAACAAAGCGAAGAGAAAAAAACAACAAAACCAUUUUAUAUCAACGCAGAAAAAGAAAAACUUUGGCAGUUUCGUUUAAAAAUCGAAAAUAAAUACUUACAUAACACUAAACACAAAGUUUGUCAUCUUGUUUACUUUCUACGCCUUUAGGCUGGAUGCACAAACCAUGCACUGUAUCUAUUCUUACAGACUUGAAUGUGAUUGGUUGAUUCUGGUUUAUGGUCCAUUAAACAAUCUCACCUCGCAGGUCUUUCACAAAUUCACUCAGGCAGAAAUCACAAACACUCCCUGCAUGAGUAUUUAGCACUGAUUAUGAAAAGAAGAACUGAAACCAACAAUCAAUGUUGGCGUCCUUUUUUUUGUGUGUGUGUUAUUUUGUUUUUCGGUGUCUGUUUUUUGGAUUAUCUACUAGAUUUAAUGUUUUCAAACAGCUGCUGGUCCUCCUUGAAUGCUGAAUCUCACUGAUCUUCCUCAGCGGCUAUUCCUGCACUGCGCACACUGGUUGAAAUAAAUCAGAGGUCUUUUUUGGUCCAAUAAUAAUGUCUCAGUAAUUGCAGUAAACUGUAACAGUUUCUAGAUUUACAUGCAUGGAUGCAGAUUAAGAUAUGAUGCUACAGGAUUGGCAGUCGUGCACAAUGUUAUUCGCAGAUGUGCUGAUGUUUGUCUAAGGGGCCAAUAUUUGCAGAUAACGAAAUUCAGCUGAUAAAUCAGUGCAUUCCUGGUAAAACACAUGCAUCUGACAAGCUUUAAUAACUAAACAGAUCAUUUUGUGUGUGAUUCUCUAACAAUGAAAGAAUGUUUUUGAGCGUAUGAGGGAUUUUUUGUGCACCAGACAAUGCACCUUUUUUUGAAUAAAUGAAAAAUUCUGAACCUUUUUGAGUAAGAAGUAUACAGACUUAAAUCUCUGUUCUGAAAGAAUACUUCUCUAAUUUAAGAAUUUAACCAAAACGAACAGCAAAAGA